AUGUCGACUGUACUUAUCACUGGUACCAAUCGAGGAAUAGGGCUAGGACUGGCCAAGGCCUACGCCCAACAAUCCAACAAUACCGUGAUACUCGGUCUGAGGAACGUAGAUAGUAUGCCUGGAAUCGAAGUUGGACAAGGUGUAAAACUGGUCAAAGUGAAGAUUGAUUCGGGAGAUAUAGAAAGUGCGAAGAAGGCGAUGGAAGAAAUUAAGUCUCAAGGAAUCAGCAAAAUCGAUCUGGUGAUCGCCAACGCAGCUAUAGGAGACUGUUUCGGUGCUUUGAAAGAAGUAGAUCUCGGAUCUUUCGAAGAACACUGGAGGAUCAAUGUACUCGCUCCCCUGGCUCUUUAUCAAGCUUGCGUUCCCCUCAUGCCAGAGGGAAGUAAGUUCGUCUGGAUGUCUUCAGGAGCAAGUAUAAUCGAUAGAGUACCUGAUAAGUUGGAUGCAGGGUAUGGUAUAACCAAGAGCUCUAUGAAUUACCUCGCCCGAUACGCCCAUUUCGAAGAAUCUUCCAUCAUAUCCUUCUCCCUUAGUCCAGGAUGGGUUCAGACCGAUAUGGGUGAUAGGGGAGCGAGAUGGUCAGGUAUGGAGAAAGCUCCUAUCACAGUUGAUGAAAGCGUCGCCGGGAUAGUCAAAGUCAUUGGAGAGGCUACAAAAGAUAAUUAUUCUGGAUUACAUAUGAGGUAUAACGGUACUCAAUCCAAGUGGUAA